CGCAAGCUCACAUCGUUGUAGAAUGCGGAUUUCGAAGCUAGUAAGAAUAGCUAGCCAGUAAGCUAAAAACAAGGUUCUUGUUGUUAGGCUUGAAACGGCUAAAAUGUCUAAAACACACUCACAACCCCCGUCAUUUUCGGCAGCGACGACUACCGGGGGACCCUCCUCGUCGUCUUCGUCUUCGCCCGCAGGGGGCUCGACAUCUCCAGCAACCGUGUUAAACGUGCAGCCUGAGAAACCUCAACAUUACACAUAUCUGAAGGAGUUCAGAACUGAGCAGUGCCCCCUGUUCGUACAGCAUAAAUGUACGCAACACAGGCCUUUUUCCUGUUUCCACUGGCACUUCCUGAACCAGCGGCGCCGCAGACCCAUUCGCAGACGGGAUGGGACCUUCAACUAUAGCCCAGAUGUUUACUGUACGAAAUAUGAUGAGGGAACAGGCACCUGCCCUGAUGGAGAUGAAUGCCCAUUUCUUCAUCGGACAGCAGGUGACACAGAGCGCAGAUACCACCUCCGCUACUAUAAGACGGGAUCAUGUAUUCAUGAAACAGAUGCAAAAGGCCACUGCAGCAAAAACGGCUCCCACUGUGCCUUUGCACACGGAUCACAUGACCUGCGCAGCCCUGUUUAUGAUAUCAGAGAAGUGCAGGUAAUGGAGUCACAGGGAGGCUUGGGACCCACAGAGGGAGGUGGAGGAGAUGGACAGUCUGGACAGGCAGCAAGUACAGCCCUCAUAGAGAAGAUCCUGAGUGAGGAACCACGCUGGCAAGAUAACAACUACGUGCUAUCCCACUAUAAGACAGAACUCUGUAAGAAACCACCUCGUCUGUGCCGCCAAGGUUACGCUUGUCCAUACUACCAUAACAGCAAAGACAGGAGGCGAAGCCCACACAAGCACAAAUACAGAGCGUUGCCAUGUCCAGCUGUGAAACAGAGCGAGGAAUGGGGGGAUCCCAGUAAAUGUGAGGGAGCAGAGGGGUGUCAGUAUUGCCACACAAGGACAGAACAGCAGUUCCACCCAGAGAUAUAUAAAUCCACAAAGUGUAAUGACAUGCAGCAGUGUGGCAGCUGUCCCAGGGGGCCCUUCUGUGCCUUUGCUCACAUUGAAAGGCCCUUUGUUCCAGAGGAACCACCAUUCCCCACACCAAGCUCCCCUCCACCCCCCAGACCUCCAGACCCUCUUCCUGCCCAGGAAGCGUCUUCAAGUCCCAGCAGACACAACAUGGGGCUUGGGCCUAGUUCUGGUUCUGUUUCAGACCCCUUCUCCCCAUCUGCAGGGUCAUGUGUAGCGGAGCAUGGAUUGCUGGGUAGUGUUUUGUCUCUGUGUGCGGACAGGAGUGGGAGAGCUGAGCCCGUGUCUCCUUGGGCAGGAGAGGGAGGGUACGGCAGAGCACCUGGAUUUGAGAGGGAGGAUCAGGCGAAGCAAAGGAGUUUUGCUCUUGAGCAGCGCAGCAGAGAAUUUGCAACAGCACAAAGCAAACAGGACUUGUUAGUGUUUCUGCCUGUGGGAAGCCCUUUGAGUCUGUCCUCCAGCAUCCCUUCCAGUCUGGCUGCCACCCCUCCCAGCCCAGCCCCUCUCGGACCCCCGGGAUGCAGCAUCUCCUCAGGCAUGAACGCUAAUGCCCUGCCCUUUUACCCCACCAGUGAGACUGUAGAGUCAGUUGUUGAGUCAGCCCUGGAUGAUCUCGACCUGAACGAUUUUGGGGUGUCUGUGUUGGAGAGGAGCUUGGAGAGCAGCUCUGCUCUGCCCAGUGUUGGAGUUAUGAUGGGAGGUAGCCAGUUUCAGAGUUCUGCCCCGGUCAAUAUCCCAGGAUCCUUUAGCAGCUCUGCUCCCUUUAGCUCCCCUUCACCAUCUCCCCCAAUCAGGCCGCACACUUCACCAUUCUUUUCUACUCACCUGUCACAACCUGGCCAAUCAGAAAGCACCUUCUUGGGACCAUCUCAUAGCUCUUUAGGUCUGAAUGGUAUGAGCACUAACAUCUGGGAGCAUUUUCCAUCAGGCCAGGGUUCCCCUGGUACACCCCCCACACUUCUGCCCUCUGGCCCCGGUGCAGAGACUUCCAGGCUUAAACAGGAGCUGGAGGAAGCUCAUAGGACACUGAAGCAGUGGGGUCACAGCUGGAGACACACAGCUCAGUCGUGGGCUGCACUAAAAGCAGAUGCAGAGGAGUCACGUGCCCAUGCAGCACGGUUAGCCAUGGACGCAGAGAGAGCCAGGCAGGCUGAGGAGGACGCACAGAGGCAGGCUUCUCUCCUACAAGAGGCGAUGGAGAGCUUAAGGAGUGGAGACAACCCCCAUCUAGCACUGCAUCAACUUCAGCUACUACACCGACUUCCCUUGGAGUCAGUCCUCAGUUUGCAGGCCCAGCUCUGUAGCUGUUUACAUGCCGUGGAACAGGUGGUGUACAGGAAACAAAGGCAGUGCUGUGUGACGUGUGGAGAGCAGGGCUCAGUCUCCCUGCCCUGUGGCCACGGACUACAGUGUGAGAGCUGCUCCACCUCUACAGAGUGCCCACUCUGUCCUGAACAGACACUGGAGCAGCAGCUCUCUUGACCCUACAACCCACUCAGACCACCAGAGAUUUCAGACCAGUCAGUCCUGAUUCCACAGAUGCCAGCCUUGGAUCUCAACCGCCAUUCAAAAUUAUGUCAAGGUCAUUUUAUAAUGUGGUAACAACACAAGCGCUGAUCUGGUUUUGUAUUUUUAAGAUGACGUUUACUGAUGAAUGACCAGCACAGGUCGCUAAGUGAAAGCUCUUAAUGUGGAAUUUAGAAUUAAUAAUUUUUCUAGUGGUUACACAUGGACCACCAGUACUUUUUUAACGAGUUAAUGCUCUUGACCAGCAACACUGUUCUUUACCCCUGUUCUUGAUCUGUAAAAAAUAAGACCUGCUGUUAUUUCUUCUCUUACCCUAACUAUAAAACAUUUGCAUACAUAGUUCUAAAUCAUAUUUUGAUAUGUUUUAAAGCACAAGCAAAAGUAUUUCUGGAGUUUUAUCUAUCCAUCUGGAUGGCUUCAGUGUGAUUUGCUAAGUUUUAAAGAUGUUCACUGUCAACUUAGUACAAAAAAAGGUCAAUGACAUUUGGUUUUUGGCACUUCAAAGCUCCAAAACAUUUUUAUAUGAAAUUCAACAGUUAGGUCUCUUUUCUGAAAUCACGACAGUUACUCGUGAUAAUUCCCAGUCCUCAUCAACCACAAUAACCAUAAUCCACAGUUAAUAGCAAUCCUUAUUACAAGCGGUUUAACUGACAUCUAUAUUCUAAUAAAGUAAGUCUAACUGUACAUGCCAUAUAAAAUGAAGUAAAGCAAUACUCAAAGAUAAGAUUCAUAUGCUUUGUGACAACACAUGUGAAUGUAAAACUACAGCGGGCUUCUUAACUGAGCUAUAACUAAGUAAUGCUUGGCGGCUGGAUAGUAUCAUUAGUACCAACACAAUGCUGUGUGUCUACAUCCAAUUCAGGGUCACAUGAGUAACUGUUAUCAUUUCUGGAAAGAGGCAAAUGGUGUUGUAUGUGACAGCAAAGAUCUCAAAACCUGGAUGGAUGGAUGACCUAUCAGGUUAGCAGGAUUUUGGGCUGUCUUACCAAAAUCAAAAGGUCUGACUGAAAACACUUAAAGGGCAUAUUUAGCGUCAUCCAGACAAUUAUCCUAUCAUGCUACAGCCAAAAGGGGGCCAUCAUACCAGUCUGCUAGUAGCACUUGUUUAGAUUAUAUUGAAUUUCGUGUUAAAUUUUUUUUUUUAGCAAAAUCUAUUUAAAAUGGUCAAUUACUGUUGUAAAAUAACAGAAAAUAUUAAAGAUGAGUAAUAUUUGUUUAAAUAUGAAACAGAUGGCCUCUGUUAAAACACUCAGGUUUUCUCGAAUAUUCUACGUAAACUGGAAGAGGAAAGCAUGUUAACACAAUCAAGGCAAAUGUACUCUGUCAACUUGUGUAGUAUUUGAAAUUACAUAUUUUUUCAUUUUUACUUAAACGCUUUUCAUGUUAACUCUUUAACAAACUUUGUUAAAACCGGCCCAUUUUCUGUUAAAAAUCAAUGUCUGACAGGUUUCUCUGCCAAAUUUUUUACAUUUGUAGUAAUCUUUGACAUACACAAUAUAUAUAUAUAUA